UGGGCUGUGAGAGCAGGCUGUCCCCAGCUGUCACCCUUCUGCCAUCCCAAAGGGGCUUGUGCAACCUUGGGGCAGGCUGGCCAUGAGCCACUUCCCCUGCAGCCCUCGUGAUGCCUGCCCCAGCUGGCAGGGGAUUUCUCAGCAGAAGCAGCCUGACAGGUUGUCAUUACCUCAGGCUGGGGCUCACCUUACUUCUCCCAGCUAAAGGAAAGGGGACAACACAGCUGGGGCUCCACCAUGAGCCUUGGAGCUUCAGCCCUGUUGACAGAGGUGCUUGGCGGGACCGGGAGCCGCCGGCUGAGGGCGGCCGGGGCGAGCGAGGCACGGCGGCCGGAGCGCCGGUAGAGCGAUGCAGACAGUCUGUCCGCUACCAGAUUCCUGGUGCCACCAAGCAAGACUUGCCCAUCACUGCACAGCAGACCCAACUCUACACUUGCAGAAUUAACGACCUCUACAGAAAUGUGAUCUUCUCUGACUGGGUGAAGGUGGAGGUUCAUCCACGCAUUGCCAGAGGACUGCUCCCUCAGCUCUGGCAAGGAGAACCAGUCGUCAUCCUCAACCCUACUGAGCAGAAGGUGGAAGUUGGGAAACCACUACAGCUGCAGUGUGCUGCCGUUGGGGUCCCAGCCCCCAGCUACCAGUGGUACCGAAACGGGAACCUGCUGGAACACCAGAAGAAAAAAAAACUCUGGGUAACAUUACCUCGGGAUGGUUCAGAAACUUUGGCUACUGAGAUCAGCCACACCAAAGUCAGCGACUCUGGCACGUAUCUCUGCUGUGCUUCCAACAGCCAUGGAGAGCACUGGACCAACGCAGUGGACAUUCACAUAGACACCUGUCACUCUGGGAAGUUAUUUGCUACAGGCAAGCUAGCCCUUUUAGUGGGCAACAACCAUUACCAGCAUCAUCCAAACCUGAUGGCUCCCAUCACGGAUGUGUUUGAGCUGAGUCUUCUUCUGAAGCAGCUGGGCUUCCAAGUUGUCUCUCUCCUGGACCUAAACAAGGCUGAGAUGGUGGCAGCAGUCAGUCGGUUCCUACAGCUCCUGGAGAAAGGAGUCUAUGCUAUAUUCUACUAUGCCGGGCACGGGUAUGAACACCUGGGGAGGAACUACAUGGUCCCUGUUGAUGCUCCACAACUGUACGCCCCUGAGAACUGCAUCAGCGUGCAGAGGAUCCUUCAGAAGAUGCAGCAGCAGCAGACAGCCCUGAACCUGAUCCUGCUGGACACCUGCAGGAAAUGGUACAACCCAGAGUGUGCCCUCUCCCAGGUACAGCCGCUGGAGCCCUGGGGCAAUACUGUUUAUGGCUAUGCCACGAGCGAAGAUGCAGAAGCCUAUGAGUUGCAGGAUGGGCAGUUCAGCUCUGGGAUCUUCAUGAAAUAUUUGAAGAAACAUAUUUUGCAGGAGAAGAAAGUUACACACAUGCUGGAAGAUGUAUUAGAAGACCUUGGCCGGGAUCCCGUGGUCACUGGGAAGCAGGUGAUGGAGAUCAAGCACACUCUGAAGGAAGCCCGUUCCCUGACGGACCCCAUCUGCCCCACAGGAGCAGCCACAGAGCGCUGGGGAUGCGGCCACGAGCCUCCAAGCGAAACAGUGACGUUCCCCUGUGGGGUGCAGGCAGAGCUUCGCUUCCACCGGCUGUUCUCCAACGUGCUGUCUGUCUGCGCCAGGCUGCAGCACCUCCCGGCCCUCCUCACUGAUGCGCAGCUCAUGCUCCGCCAGCCCACUGAAGUGGACGAUGUUGCCAAUCUGGAAGAGAGCCAUCCAGACCAAAUGGAUUCUCUGCUCACCUCUGUUUACAAGCACGAGGAGCUGGACUGCGUCUUCCAACUCUGUGGACUACAGAAGAUUCAGGUCUGCCAGCACUUUGCUCUUGCCUCAAAGAAGUACUGCAUCUGUUUGCCCAGAUACUAAGGCUUGAUGGUGACUCCUGCUUGGGCCUGGAUUCAUUGUAGGAGGGGAUAAAGGUGUUCGUGCCUUCAUUGCCCUACCUCACAUAGGAAAUCCUGUGGUGGGAUAAAUGUUAAGUGCAGGUAAUGUUCCCUUGAAUUGGUGUUUCUGUCACCCAGAACAGAAUGGACAACUUAUCCAAGAUCAUUGUGCUUUUCUUGGCUAUGCAUGUCUGGUCUUCAGCAAUGGACCUGGGCUCUCCCAGGAGGGAAGAGGAAGGAAGGAGCACCCAUCUCCAUGAAUGCACCCUCAUUUCAGACACUGCUCAUGUUAUGGCUGUGGCAGAGUAGUGGAUGAUACCUCCGAGCUUAGAAACCUGGAAAUUUGAUGUUAUCCCACUGCAUUUGUUCGCGGAGUCAAAGCCUGCACAGAUCCAAUGGCUAGGCAGUGCAGCUAGGCGUGUGUUAUUUUAUGCUACUUCUAAGAAAAUCACCCCAAUAGAUUGAUCCUUCCAGAAGGACUCAAAACCCAUUGAAGGCUGAGGCUCCUUCAUUAGCUGCACAGCUGCAGGCAAGGUGGGACUACAAAAACUCAGCUGCAGUUAACUUUGGAUGUCAGGGGGAAAUUCUUUACAGAGAGAGUGGUGAGGUGCUGGAACAGCUGCCCAGAGAGGCUGUGGAUGCCCCAUCCAUCCCUGGAGGUGUUCAAGGCCAGGUUGGAUGGGGCCCUGGGCAGCCUGGGCUGGUGUUAAAUGUGGACAUUGGUCACCCUGCGUGUGGCAGGGGGUUGGAGAUUCGUGAUCCUUGAGGUCCCUUCCAACCCUGGCCGUUCUGUGAUUCUGUGAUAACUUCCCUGUCUUUGACAAGCACCAAGUUAACUGAAGCUUUAAACUUUAAUCUGAUGAAAAUAGUAAUAUCUAAAUGUUUGGUAUUUUGGGUUCAAUCUUCACUUUUUUAUUUCCUCUCUGCUAAUGGAAAACCGUUAAGAGGAAGGUUUGUGCUCAGCUUAUUCUGCAGUGUCUGGGAGUAAUGCUCUGCUCUUUGUGUGGCAAAGCGAGGAAAUGCACCCAAACUGGCAGUGCAAGUUAAGGGAAAUGCCACUGUGUCUGUUUUAUUUAGUGGCUGGAAAAUCAUGGGCCCGGUGUGCAGCUGAGAACUGUGCUAUAUGUAGGCUGGCAUAUAUAUCUAAACCUGGCACACUUCCAUUGGCAGUAGAUUCUUCAAGAUUUGGUCUCAGUUGUUAACUAACUUUCAACUGUCGAGCUGACAAGCUGAAACUCUCCAUGCCUCCUGCCAAUCUCGUGCUACUUUCUGGCCUUUCCUACCAUAGCCGUGUUUGAAAGGCCAUUCUGACAGACCACCUCUGCUGCCCCGUGUCACACAGCAGCAGUAUGUAAUGGUUACUGGUGCAAAGGUUCAGCCUCUACUGCUGCAGCAUCAACAUGCGCCUCUGACAUUGUGGGCUGACAUCACAAAACAGGAGACAUUACUUUUGGAGCAACCCUCAUAAGAUACAUAAAAUAAAAAGAAAACAGGGACAUUGCUUCAGCUCAACUGGUUUUAAACUUUUGUACAGAUUCACGCCUCCCCAAGAAGCAGAUUAUUCAGUAACGAAGCCAGGAGAAUGGAUUUAAAGCAAAGGAGUGAGUGAGGUCAUCCUUUAUGGAGGCAAUAAACAUAAGAUUGCUCAAAUUAAAAGGGUCAAGCUGCAUUCCAUCAAGUUCCCCUUCUGCAGACUGCCUGGGUAGCUCUUUGGAAAGCAAAGGCAGGAGCAGGUGUGGUGGUGUGGUGAAGCCUGCAGGCUCAGACUUUGUUAAGCUGAGAAAAUGACUGACAGCGCAGCCUCUUCGUACGGUUGCAGAGUUCUCUCUUCUAUCAGAGAUGAUUUCAGUGACUGCUUUGCUGUUGUUACUAAUCACUUGAAAUUGGGCCCAUGACAUCAUGUAGCAUUGAAGAGAGCAUAUCGCCAAACAAAUGAGACUCCUUGAAGUGCUUGAAGUUGCUUCUUAUCUUCACAGUUUGGAUAACCUUUUGCAUAAUAAUCAACAGCUUCAAAUGUCUUGGUCAUAUCACCUCCUCGAAGAGAUGGAAGGCACUCUUUGAAAUUGCAGACCAGACUGCGUAUACACAAGAAGCGCUGAUGCGGUGUCACGCAGCAACGAUGAGCAAAUGUCUCUUUGAUAAAGCUGUCUUCGCCAAGUUGGAUUUUCUUGCCACAGUGUCAGGAAUGGUUGAUGAGACAGACGUGUUAUUAAGUGGUAGAAAUAAACAGAUGGAAGAAGCAAGUGAGAGAUUUCAGCGAUGACUUUCCAGAAUGUUUCAGCAAAGAAUGACCUAAUUUCUAUUCUUUAAUGGAGAUAAAAAACACGAGAUACUUAAGAAAGUAGUUGUAGACCUCAUAUAUGAGUAUACCUGGCACCCACUGCGGUGCCUUUGCUGGAAGGCUCAGCCGGGGAGCAAAGGGGGUCCUGCCAGGUACAGCUGCAAGUCUGAUCAAUCCCAACCUGACCACAACCAUGAGACUGAGUAUUAAUAGGCAUGGAGAAGGUGUUCUGGUCCAGGCUUGCUGCUCCUCUGGGUGCUGUGCCAUGCUAGCAGGAUGUUGACACGUGCUGGCUGCCUUGUUUCCCACUGGGUGUCACCACCUAAUUUUGAGCCUCCUGCCUCUUUUCUUGCUUGUUUAUGCCUGUCCACAGCAUCUCUUCCCCAUAGUAUUCCAUUUUGUCUCUUCCCACCACGGAGGACAUGGAAGUUAGGCCAGUGCCCAUCAGCACCUGCCCUCCAAUGGGAGGAUGGAUGACCACAGGCAGGCUGAAGCUAUUUCCUCCCUUUGGACUGCAGAUGUUGGAGCAUUGUCUCCUGCAGAGACGUGGCACUGUCACAGCACUAAGUAGCAGCGUGGUGAGCAUGGAGGAGCCUGCCUUUGGAUGUGGGUCCCUACGGCUGGGCUUGAGAGAAAUCCUUUUUUCUGUGAGGAUUUCUGCAGAGAAGAGCAGCUGUGCUCUGACCUGGACAGCACACUGCUGGAAAAGCAGAGGGCAGUUUCUGCCAUGCCGCUGUCUCCUGCCUGCCUGUUGCAUCCUUUCUGUUGCUUAAUAUCAAUUAUAAAAUAUUAAAUCAGACAAAUACCUUUGGCCUUUCUGGAUGAUAAGAAAAUACAUUGUUCUCCCUCCUAUAAUGCUGUUGUUUUCACUGGAAAUGCUAAUGGAAUUGUGUAAAGGUUAUUUCUGCCUCCUCUCCGGUUCGGAGACGUGGCAAAAUGCUCAUGAUGCCCUUUGUUUAUGCCUUUUUAAUAGCAGCUUUUAUCUCUGGGAAUCUGAGGUGUCUGUGUCUUUCCAGGUGCUCACCUGCAGGGUUCUUGGGUUCCUUUUGGGGGAAACUUCCUGGAGAAGAUAAAUGGAUCUGCGCUGUCAUAGGCAUCUCUGCUGGAGCAGAGACCUGGGGGUCUGAUAACAGAAAAGAGCUUAGCACCAAGAUAAAUGACCAUAAUUUCUAGCCCCAGAAAUAUCAGGAAAUGAUGGGUUUUCCCCAACCCAUACUUCUGCACAGGCUGAUAGAUGCCUUUCUGUGCACUGGUACUCCUGUGACAGCUCGAGUCACAAACCUUGCAGUGCUUUGAGCAGGAGGUUGGCAUGGGGACUUUCAGAGGGUCCUCCAUCCUUAAUCCUUUGAGGAAUCCACAGGAAAUUGCCACAGAAAUCAGUUUGGCUGCAGUCUUCUGCUAUUGUAUGCUCUUGUGGAAGCUCAUUUUUGAUGAGGAAAAGAUAAAACCAAAAAUGUGGCCAGUGCAGGGAUACCCUUCUCUGCCCAUACCAGCAAAGGCUUCAUGUCAUUCUGUGUCUUUUGCACCACUGGAGGCAGGGGGUGGACAUUGUGCUGAUACCCUAAGGGCUGCCAGAGCAGUUGGAUGAGGAUUCAUAUCUUUUCCUGAAGAAUUAUCUUAUAGCUCCCAUGGUACAGCUGGUAGGGAGGGAGAAUGGUACUUUGGGAGCAGUGGGUCUAAGGCUUUGAGAGGAAUAUGAGGUGGUUCCUGGAGACAGAAGGGCACAUCAGAACAGCUGGCACUGCAUCUUUCAGAGUUAGAGGAUGGAGAGAAUUGGACACUGCAUGUUGGAUGCUAUGGCAUUCAGCAAAGGGCCUGGGCAGAGAAAUGGGUACAUCCCUGGGGCUCAGCAGAGAUACGAGUUGUAAAUCCUGCUGCUAAAAGCUGUAAUUAUCUCUUUCAGUUAUUUUGCUGAUGUCCUUGGAGGAAUGUGCCUGAGAGGUCAGAGGGAACCAAGAGCAGCUGCUCUGGGAGGACAGACCUCUGACUGUGGAUGGAGAUUUCUGCUGCAUGUUGGCUACACAAAUCCCCACUUUGGUGGCUUUGCUCUUCGCACCUCAUUUCAGUGAGGUCGUUCACAUCCUCCCAUGCGGAGAAUAUCACAGUGUGGGAUGCACACAGAGAAGUCUGGUCACUGCAUGACAUGGCAAUCGUGGCCAUGGCUGCAGAGGUGGAUGAACAGGGCUCACAGGCUGUGCUCUGGUUUGAGUGAUCACUUUGAUGACAUUUGAAGACUUCAGGGAACAGUUCUUUUUCCAACACCUGUGGCAUCUGCAUAAUGUGUUUCUGGUAAGGUCCCAGCUGAAGGUGGCACAGGACAAGCAGACACAGCUCAAGAGAGGAGUUUGUACUUCCCCCAGCAGUGUCAGCCUGUCUACUGAAAUUCAUGCUAAAUUGAUAACAUCAUUCACCACACUGUUCCCCAAAGUCUCCCUGCUGCUGAGUUACUCUCAUCUUUUCACUUUCUGUAUGUCUUUCAUAAGGGUCUCGUUGGCACCUGCAUUCAUUAGAGAAAACCUGAAAUUUAAUUUCUAACACAACUUCUUUGCAAUAAUCUUUAGACUCUGUGAUUCUUGUUCGUCCCUUCCAGCUCAGGAUAUUUUAUGAUUCUAUGAUUUCGUUGUGCACUACUGACAUAGCAGAACCUCUGGAUUCCCUUGCAAGUCUGCUGUGACCCGCAGAGAUCUCAGGGGUUCCCAACUGCAGUCGCCCAUCACACCAGCACUGCUGGUGGGAUUGACUCUGGCCUCACCUUAAGCCAUGGAGACACUGUGGACCCAACCUGGUGAGCAAAAUCCUGAAUAGAAGCAAGGCAGUUGACAGCUGCAACCAUAAACUCAGUUCUGUGGUCAAGGAGGCAACUCUACCCUAAGUUCAAACUGCAGUGAAUUUCGGAUGCCCAUGUGCCAUCAACUCCUUGAACACCUUGAAUGAAGUGUCUCUUGCUUGUGAAAUGGUGGUGUGAAAGCUAGUAGGCAAGCAGGAAAGCAGCUUAAUGGGCUGUGAGAGGUAGUUGCCAGGCUGAGAUGUAUCUAGCAGUCAGAGGAAUUGUUGCCUGGUAUUGUGUGGUGACACAGGCAUUCCAACAGCCCUCUCUUAAGUCCCAGCCACGGGAGGAAGAUAAGAAGGCUUCCAACCUGAUGGAGGCAAAAAUACACAGGGGAGAGAGAUAGGAACCUUGUCUUUGCUUGGGGCAGAAGGAGAAGACCCCCCCUUGCCCCUGAGGCCCCCCUCAGCCAGUAGAUAAGAACUCUGGGGAUGGAAAAUGAAGGCAAGGAUAGUGGUUUGGAAUCAGAAAGGGGCAACCAUGAUGAGAAGCGAGAACCAGAGUCAAAACCAGCAUCACUAAAAAAAGGCGAAGGAUCUUAUUAACUGGAGGCUCUGUGCUGAAAGGCACCAAGGUGCCCAUCUGCCACCCAGAUAAGCUCUCUGGAGAGAUCUGCUGCCUACUGGGUGGCCGCAUUUGGGACAUCAGGAAGAGGACAUUGGGUAGGAUAAAGCCAAACUUGGCGAGGGGUUCUUCGGGCCAGUGCUCUUCCUCAUCUUUAUCAAGGACAGAUGGUGGAUUGAGUGCUCCCUCAGCAGUUUGCUGAUGACACCGAGCUGGGUGGUGCAGCUGACACAACGAAAAGAAGGGAGGCCAUCCAGAGUGAACAGGCUCAAAAAGUGGACAUAUGAGAAUCUAAUGAGGUUCAACAAGGCCAAAGGAGGGUGAUGCACUUAGGUCAGGCCAAUCCUGGGUAUGAGCACAGACAGGAGAAGAAUUCCUGGAAGCAGCAGUGCGGAGAAGGACUUGGUGGCUCUGGUGGAUGAAAGCCACACACGAGGCAGCAGCGUCCAUUCGGGGCUGGAAAGCCAACUGCAUCCUGGGAUUCUGGGCAGCCUGACCUAGUAGCUGAUAGCCCUGCCCUUGACAGCAGGAUUAGAGCCAGGUGGUAUUUAAUUUCCCCUCCAACCUAAGCCAUUCUAUGAUUCCAUAAGACCUAUAGGGUUCAUUCUUGGCACUGGUUUGGACAUUGUUAUUGUUUGGAGCAUUGUUAGCAACUGAUGCUCAGAAAGAACUCCAUGCAGCUUGGGAGGAGUUGUCACAGGGAAAGGGAUUUGGCAAUGGAAAGGGCAUUCACCAGAAUCCCCUCCAGCUUAGCAUGUCAACUGCAGCACAGUGAUAGGGCAAGAUGCUUCAGAAGACCUGAGAAACCUGCCACCUCCCACACAAAUUCCUUUAUUACUCACUUCAUCCCUACCCCAGAGCCGUAGAUUAUAAUUUUACUCUCCCUACUCCAUCAUAACGUUACUCUUUGUCUUUAUCAAGGUUCUAAUGAGUCCUUUUCAGCCCUCUCAUAGGGAGAGGGUUACUGCUUUUCUUUAAUCCAGCACUGAAAUGAGGCUGCUUAUUCAUUCCUGGCUCCUCUCCACAAUUCUCUCUUGCAGGAAACACUUCUGGUAGGCUGCAGUAAGAGUACGCAGCACAUCUCUCUGCUGCACUGCUAUGAGUCAAUGUGAGUUCAACCUUUGGAAAAUCGUGUCUUGAAGGCCAGAGGCAUUUGUCUGUCCUCUCCUUAAAUGUCUUUCAGCAACACGUCACAGCACUGCAGCCCAUCGCUGAGCACCCCGAUGGCCUGCUGAGUGCCUAACAGGAUAAAAAAGGACAUAAAAUGCUCUGAUGUCCGCAGUAAUAGGGUCAAAGGAGGUCUGCUGGAGACAACUUCAUCUUCAGAUGACUUCUGGCUGUGCUAGUGCUGUGCUGUCUUAUCAUCACGGCCCCUAAUGUUUUUAAAGUGUAAAUAUUAAUAAUAAUUCUUCAUGGCAAAUUCUACAGUUGUUUGUUUGUUUGUUUGUUUUUCUGGAAAGGCUGUUUGUCACGGACUCUUGCAGUUUCCUAUCUUUCUUCAUCUGCAUGGUUUGAAAACAAAACCGGCAGACACUCAGCCUCCUGCUUCUGUAAGAGAUUUCCACUUUAGCAUUUUAAACGUGAUGCCAGAAGUGGCAGGUUCACCUCAGCAUUAUGGGAGAAGGGGCAGGUAAUUCAGGAAGAGCACAGGGAUGUUGCUGGAGUGUGCAGAGGGAAAACUAGACAGGCAAAAGCUCAGCAAAGACUUAAUGUGGCCACCAUUGUUAACAAUUAAUCUUUU